AUGACAGAAAGGAAGACAAUCUUGCAAACGAUAAAGUUGACUGGGUCAUCGAAAAUACUGCAGAAGUUGACCCCUGAUCAAAAAAUCAACAGUCUACGCAAAGCUAUAGACCUUUACCAACAGAACAACGAAAAGGCUUUGAAACUAUUCCAUACACCACAUAUAGUAACCAAGGGAUCGCACUUCAGCUACAAUAUCCCUGAGCGGCGUGCCAACUACAAACCGUUGAUAGUGUCUGAAAAGGCACUCUAUGAUCUCAAUUUGCUUAGUGAUGAGACUGGUAUGAAAUUGUUUAGUGGGCAAGAGGUGUACUGUUCAGUGGAAAAGAAUAUAUUUCCGUAUAGUCUUGCCUACGCUGGGUUCCAAUUUGGUGAGUUUGCUGGACAACUCGGGGAUGGCAGAGUUGUUAACCUGUUCCAACUGCAGGAUCGGAUGGACCAAACGCAAACUUUGCAACUCAAGGGGAGUGGGAUGACCCCAUUUUCAAGGUUUGCUGACGGGAAGGCCGUUCUGAGGUCAAGCAUACGAGAGUUUAUUAUAAGCGAGUGUCUAUACCACAUUGGAAUCCCAUCGACAAGAUCACUGCAGCUGACUUUGCUCCCGGGAACUAAAGCUAUGAGGAGUAGCUUAGAGACAUGUGCAGUGGUUUGUAGAUUUGCUCCAAGCUGGAUCCGCAUUGGGAACUUUGAUUUGUUCAGAUGGAAGGCGGAUUUGCCCGGAUUGGUUAAACUGGCUGACUAUUGUAUAGAGGAUGUGUUCCAAAAUUUUAUGAAUUCAAGUAAUGGCGUUUCCUUGACUGUAUUUGGCAAGGACUUUUUUCCAGAUGAGGAUCAGCAAAAAAAUAUAACCCCAACGAUAAAGCAAUCAGACGACAAUACCCCUCUGAUAGAAGAUCAGUCAAAAUAUGACCAGUUUUUCAGACACGUAGUAAAUCUGAACGCAGAGUGUGUAGCACACUGGCAAGCAUAUGGAUUUCUAAAUGGUGUUUUAAACACGGACAACACUUCUAUUUUGGGGUUAUCCAUCGAUUUUGGACCCUUCAACUUUUUGGACAAGUUUCAACCAGACUUUACCCCCAACCAUGACGAUUACGCCAAGAGGUAUUGUUUUGCGAAUCAACCUGGUAUUAUGUGGUGGAAUUUAGCGCAACUUGCUCAAGCGUUGGCUAUUUUAAUUGGACCUGGUGAAACUUUUUUACAAAAAGUAUUGGAAGGUGGCUUCGAAGGUUUGGAUAAGGAUAUGGAGGGGAAAAUAAUUCGAAGGGCGAAUGAGAUUAUUAGAUGUUGUGGGAACGAGUACAAGUUUCGAUUUACAACAAAAUAUGCGGAUAUUAUGGCGAAAAGACUGGGAAUUGAUCUGAAUAUUGAUUUUAAAGACUGCAAGGAUGCAUCCAGUGUCGAACGAACUGCAGAAGUAGUUAGAGAAUUUUGUUCUACUUUUGUUGAACCAUUGCUUGAAAUUUUACAGAGAACUCAAAUUGACUACAACAUGUUUUUCGUUCGUUUGCAGAAUUUCACUGGAUCUAUUACAUCAUCCGAUAGUGUAAACUCGAUGAAGGGUCUGUCAACUGCCUACCUGGAACUAUUUUUCGACGAAAAACAACUAGCCAUAUUGAAAGCGCAGAAUUCAUAUCCUAUAGAUGCUGCAAAGGAGCACCUAGAUGAUACCCUGGAUUUGGUUAUAGAAUGGACGGAAGCAUAUCAAGCACUAAUCCCCAAUCCGGAGGAAAAAAUCAAGAUUUCGGGAAAGGUCAAUCCUCUCUUUACACCACGAAGCUGGAUCUUUAAUCAGGUAAUUGAUGAUCUUGUAGUGCGGCAGAAAGAUCUACUGGACGACCCUAAGGCGAAGCUGGAUACAUCCCUGUUACGGAAGCUCUGUUUGAUGAGCAGUAAUCCGUAUGAUGCUUCCCAAUGGGAGCCCGAGGUCAGGCCUGAUCUCGUUGAACAGUGGAGUUCAAAUUCCCACCAUAACCCUGAGACUACCUCACAAUAUAUGCAGCAGGCUUCCUGCUCUAGUUAA